GUCACUUUCUCAUUGGACCCCUAACUUCAUGACCUCUCUUUUUAUAAGCCCAAAGUACCCCUCCCUCGCAGUCUUUUUAACGAGCCCAAAAUACCCCUCCAUCGCAAUUUCUUCCCCUCCAUUUCACGCACAGAGAGAGACCCGUGUCUGCAGAUUCUCUUUUCAAGAAGUAACUUUUAGUUUGAUAUAAAAAUGUCGCCAACUGAAUCAUCACGUGAAGAGCAUGUUUACAUGGCCAAGUUGGCCGAACAGGCUGAACGUUAUGAAGAAAUGGUGGAGUUUAUGGAGAAAGUUGCAAAGACAGUUGAUUCGGAGGAGCUAACUGUGGAGGAAAGGAACUUGCUCUCCGUAGCCUACAAAAAUGUCAUUGGAGCUAGGAGGGCUUCUUGGAGGAUCAUAUCUUCCAUUGAGCAGAAGGAAGAGAGCAGAGGAAAUGAAGAUCAUGUCACAAUCAUCAAGGAGUACAGGGGCAAAAUUGAAGCUGAGCUCAGCAAGAUCUGUGACGGAAUCUUGAACCUCCUUGAGUCGCAUCUUGUUCCCUCUGCCUCAUCUGCUGAGUCCAAGGUAUUUUACCUCAAGAUGAAGGGUGAUUACCAUAGGUAUCUUGCUGAGUUCAAGACGGGGGCUGAGAGGAAGGAAGCUGCUGAGAGCACUUUGUUGGCUUACAAGUCUGCUCAGGAUAUUGCACUUACUGAACUGGCUCCUACUCACCCAAUAAGGCUUGGGCUUGCUCUUAACUUCUCUGUCUUCUACUAUGAGAUCCUUAACUCUCCUGAUCGUGCUUGCAAUCUUGCCAAGCAGGCUUUUGACGAGGCUAUUUCUGAGCUGGAUACAUUGGGUGAGGAGUCUUACAAGGACAGCACAUUGAUCAUGCAACUUCUCCGAGAUAAUCUGACACUCUGGACCUCUGAUAUCACGGUCUCUCUCUCUCUCUCUCUCUCUCAUAUUCAUAUUCUUUCCCCAAGGUUGCACACGUGCACACCCAUUUGCACAUUUGUGUAAGGAUGCAUUUAUGUACAUGUGUUUGUUGAGGUUUGGCCGACCCCUGAAGCUGUCUAACCAUUCUCGCUUCUAAUUACAGAAUCAUUAAAUCCUGUUUUGGAACCAUAUGUGCAGAAUAACCCAUUUGUGCAUUGCAUAUUUUAAAAAACGCUAUGUGCUUUGCAUUUGGAAGUUGCAACAAUCACUACCUGAGUGGACAGAGUUGACAACAUUCUCUUAAGUUCAAAGGCAAAUUAUGCCUGAUACUAUAUGUUAUGUUCGCCAAUUUAUGUUGGCUUGUUCAGGACCUUUUUUUUUAUAUCACAAUUCAUCAUUGUUUGAAGUUAUAGGGCAUCUUAUGAGAGACAUAAGCAGAGUAUGAUAUUAGAAUGGUCUUGGGUGGUUUUGACCUGAUGUUGCUUAUGCAUGAGCAACUGCUUGUAACUUUCAAAGGCUUUUAGUUUAUAUUAUUCUGGUUA